AUGGAUAAACUAAGUAAAUCACUCGAAUUAUUGAAAACAUUAAGUUUAGAAUCAAAUAAUGAAAAAUCAAAAUUUGACGCUGUUUCAUUAGCCAAAGAGAAAAUCCACCAUCUAAAUCUAAUUGUUGAUGUACUACUUAUGCCACAAAUUAGAGCGAAUAAUGAUAAUUACUUUAAAAUACUCAGUGCUGGAUUUGAAGCACUUUUUUUACAUUGUGACGAACAAGAUUAUGAUGUGCGAUUAGCGGCAGAAGAAAAUACUACAAAAUUAGUAAAAAGUUUAAAGGAAGUACAACUCGCUCGUGUGCAGGUAGAAUUACAUCGAAUAAUUAAACGAAAUCCAAAUGUGGGACCACGUGCCUUAAAAGGAGCAUUAUGGCGUUUUAGUGAAUUAGCGGCGAUUAUACAUCCAAAAAAGAUACGACCAUUUCUUGAACAUCUUUACAUUUCAUUCUGUUCUAUAGCAUCACGAACAGAAGAACUUUUGUAUGAAAAAUUACCCGAUUACUAUCAAAUGAUAUUUCGUACUCUUGGAAAAUCAAUGAACGACAAAGAAGUGAAGGAUCUUUUGCAGGCUUAUCUGAAAAAUUUAUCAAAUGAAUCAGCUGUUAUUCGACGUUCAUCGGCAUCUUGCCUCGUUGUCAUCUGUCGUCAUUGUCGGCAACCAUUAUCCACAGCGCGUUUUCUCUUGACAUCUGCAAUAGAAAAUUUAUUACAACAAACGAAUAUUGAAUCGCGUUUGAUCAUUAUUGGUUCAUUAUCACUAGUGAAAAAUUUAAUACAAAUGCUUGGGCAAUAUCGGGAAGAACUACUUGCAUCAACUGUAGUCAAUCCAAAUACAUCGAAAAGAGAGGAUGCAAUUAGCGAUCAAAUAAACACAAAUAAUAUAAUUGAGUGUGUUGAUAUUUUAUUUUAUUUAUUUGGUCAUAGUGAUCAUAACAUCGUAUCCGGCUCUUUGGAAGCACUCGAAACUAUUUUACGAUACAGUUUUUUGUUUGAAUUUGAUCAUAUUUUGAUGUCAACUGGACCUGUGGCUGAAAAUCACGUUACCGAAUAUAUUCGGAAAACGUCAACAGAUAAUGUGUAUCGACGACCAUUUAUCGAGACAACAAAUAUGGAAGAUUCAGUACCACAUAACAAUGUGGAUGCCACUCACACUCAGUUAAUAUCAUUGGAUUUAAGUCUAGUAUCGUCUGCAAGUGUCGAUCAAAUUUUUCGUAGUUCUGCAACGAGGUUUCUCGAACUAUUGAUUUCUAGAUUUUUCCUUAAUACCGAUGGAACAUUGAAGAGUGACGACGAAGUACGUGUUAGUAUUAAAUGUGCUGCAUUAGCUUGUAUGUCACAUUUGGCAACUAUUGAUAUUCAAGGAUUUUAUGACUCAACUGUUUAUGGUUCAGAAAUUGUCAGCUAUCUUUUAUGUUUACGUGAACAUGUUGAUUUACAUUUGCGUGGAGCUUUUUCAUCUAUGCUAGCUAAUCUAAUACAGACAAGUGUUCGUCUAUGGAACUGUUCUUUACAAUUAUCUUCAACAUCUUCUUUAUCAUCAUCAUUUUUAUUUCAAUGUUCAAUGAUCUCCAUUGAUUCUCAGAAAAGUAGUCGAUUUACGGAUAGUUGUCAGAUCUUGAUUCUGCAGGAAUUACUUAAUUCUUAUCGUCUGUGUUUGAAUGAUACAAUGCCACGCGUUGUUCAUGUUAGUGUGCAAUAUUUAAAAACAUUACUUCCCGUGUUAAUCUCUAGUAAUAGUUCAAUGUCCAUGAUAGCUCUUUGUCUGUUAGAAGAUUGUUUACAACAUAUCAAUAGUUCAUAUGUUCUAGUCAAAAUUGCUAUUGCACAAUUAAUCGGCGUUAUUGAUUUUCGACUUGUUUAUUUUGUUGAGCAGCAAUAUCAACAAACAACUACUCGUUUAUGGUUAGAUCGUUGUGUUGAGAUUUUAUUACUCUUUCUUCAAAAUGAUGAACCUCGUCUACGAAAUGUUGCUGCUGUGGCUUAUGCUAAAUUAGUCGAUCAAAGUUCUUUCAUGUCUUGUACGUGGCCAACAGAAUCAUUAUUAAAAUUGUUAAAUUCAAAUGUGCAAUGGAUUUAUAAUACUCACGAACAACAGUUAGAAUCAUCAUCAACAAAAAUCUCACCAUUAGUUCAAGCACGUUCUGAAAAUAUUUCAUGUUUAUCAACAAUCAUUUUUAAAUAUCUGGGUCAAGCAUCAACACGUAUCCAACUACUUGGCUAUCUGGAAGGCAUUUAUGCAUUAAGCGCUGUAUUAUCUCCAACAACGAUUAUGUCAUUUUUUCACAAUAAUUUUGAUGAAUUACGAUUACUUAUUCAUUUUUUAAAACAUCCAUUUAUUUUACAUGAUCUGAAUGGUUUACAAUUAUUACUAGAAAUUAUACAAGUUCUAUUUGAAAAUUUGGCACUUUAUUUUUCAAACAAUGAUCUUUCUUCUUCAUCACUAACGAUAAAUAAUCCAGCCGAAAAAAUAUUUCAUUUUAUAAUACGUUUAUUAUCGAUUUAUUCGUGUAUUGUUGAUGAAACACCACCACCAAUGCCAACAUCAUCUAAAAUUAAUUUUCCGCAAAUACCAGCCUCACCACAACAAAUAAAAAAACGUUUUGAAAAUGCAACAAACAAAGAUGAUAGUAACAAUGAUAAACAAAAAACUGAAAAAGAAUCGAGUGAUACAUCACCAUUGAAAGAUGGCACGAAUAAUACGUCAGAUAAAAAAUCCAGUCGUACACUUCUCGGUCAGUUUGGUAAUAAUCCAUCAUUAUUAAAAUUAUAUGAACUUAUUAGGGCAUCGUAUCAGACAUACAAAUGUAUGUUAAAUUCAUCUGAAAUUGAUCGUUUUACACAGUUACUAGCAACAACAUUAACGUGUUUACAAUCAACAGUAAAUCUUGUACAUUUACAAGACAUAUCAAAACAUUUAGAAGAAAUUCUUACGUAUUUAAAAUCAACAUUUGUUGUUGAUAAAACAAAUACGAUUUUGUGUACACAAGAGCUCUUACACACAUUACUUGCAUUAACAAAUACCUCUAUUCCAUCAUUGACAACAAUGGUACAGUCAGUUGUGUCGCCACAUACCCAACUAACAUCUUCCACUAUGCCACAAAAUGUUUACACAGUUGCAUUACGUCAACCAAUGUUAGCCUUAUUUCAAUUACGAAAAUUAUCCAAUACUGAUAUGGGAGAAGAUCACUGUUCUUUAUCACCAUUACUAUUGACGUCAAAGAAACGAAAAAAAAUUGAAUGUUUAAAACGGCCACCAAAUCGUAUUGAAAGACAAAAAAUUGGAAAUUAUAUUCGAUUAUUUGAAACAGUUGUCAUAUUAGGAUUAAAGAAAUAUGUAAAUUCAAAUGAAAUACAGUUUCAAGCGUCCGUAUUGGAUUUACUUGUACAAUUAUUAUUAUUAAGAGUAAAUUACAGUCUACUAGAUGCAGAUGAACAUUUUCUCAAGCAUGUUUUAAAUCAAUUAGAAGUCAUUGAAGAAGCUGGUAUAGGUGCCGAUGCACCUGAACAUUUUAUAGCGUGUAUAUUUGAAUUUUUGGUUAUGCUUUCACAUGAUUCAUUACAUUCAAAACAAGUGAUUAAAAUUCAAGAUUUAAAUAAACAUACGGAUAGUGUUUUAGCAAGUGGAAAUGAUCCACAAACACAUGCACUGACGGCAUUAGAACCGGUGGUGGUUGAUUUAUUUCUUGUACGUUUUAAAAAUGAUAAUAAAGAACUUGAAGCACAUCGAAUAGUCAUUGUUCAAACAUUGUUGAAACUUGUUCGAUAUAAAAAGGCUUUACAAUUACUAACAUUAAUCCUCGAUAGUGUUAAAAGUGAAACAGAAAAGUGGAAAAAACUUUCAAGACAAAUUGUUGACGUUUUACUAAUAAGUAUGCAAUCAGCCAUAUACAAUAAGCCAAUUAAAGUUUCAUUAGAACUAUAUUCGGCAUAUUUGCAAUUGUUCGAUGUUGUUUCAUCGGCUGCAUUACGACCUGUUGAUCCGUUAUGUAGCUCAUUUAAACAUGUGACAACUAAACAGGCGUUCAAACAAGAUACAAUUGGUCUAUCAUUAAUUAAUGUAAAUGUAUUCUUACGUUGUUUAAUACAGCACGCAAAUGAAGAUGCAAUAUUACAACGAUGGAAAGAAAGUCCACCAACUGACAAUUUAGAUCAAAAUGAAAGUUUUAGCGCACUACUUCUUCGUAUUUUAUACGAUGUAACGGUGUAUUUAUUGAAAUUAGCUCGUCAAUCUCGUUGUAUACUUGAUAAUACCCUUUGUGCAUUAACAUCGGAUUAUCUCUAUUUAAUACUGAAUAUAUUAGAGAACGCACGACAAUUUCGAUCGAUAACAAACGAUUUACGCUAUUUAUUGGUUCAAGACGAUAAUGAUAUUCAGCGUUUAGAUAAUUUUUCUUAUUUAACUGCUUUGAGUGACCAUUUUAAACAAUUAUCCUUCUACUAUGUCCCAUUUCUCAUUCAAUGGACACAAAUAAUGAAUUUACUUGAUUAUACAAAUGAAACAUGGUGGAAACAAAUAUUUGAUAUAGGUGGCGGUGAUUCGCAUACGUGUCAAUUAGCAAAUUAUGGACAAUUAAUUAUUUAUUGUGAUUUAAUUUGUCGUCAUGAAUUGUGUGUUGAACAUUUAACAUCAAUCUUAACAAAUCGUUCACAUUUAGUGAUAUUAUUUGAACAUAUUGGAAAUAAUAAUGAAACACAUGUACAAGAUUUAAUUAGUUUAAUACAUCGUGAUUCAGCAGCAAGUAAUUUGUAUAUCGAAGCUAUAUUUGCCAAUUGGAAUUAUAUAACGGAAAAAUAUUUAGCACAUAAUGGAAGUACCGGUCUAUUUGCAUUAAGAAUAUUGCGUACAUUAGAAGCAAUACAUUUAGAUCAAAGUGGUAUACUACUAUUGUUAUUAAUCGAACACUUUUUACAAUUACCAUAUAUGACGAUAAUACGUUUAGCAGAAACAAUAAUAUGUCAACGUAUUGAAAUGAUGUUAACAAUUGAUAUUCGUGAUUUAGAAAAACAAUUGUUACCAAAACAUUUACCACUUAUAUUAAAAUUAUUAUCAAUAAAAGAGAAAAAUAAGAGAAAUGAAAGAUUAAUGGUACUUGUACAACGAAUGGCAAAACAAGUUAAUUAUAAUGAAAUAAACCUUGAAACAGAAUCCGAAAAAAGUCCUCUUGUCGAUGCAAUCAAUGAUGAUAGUGUAUUAAAUAUGUUACGUAAUAUGACAUGUCCAAAUGAUAUAACAGCAAAAAUGUAUGCAACUGUAUUAGCAUCAAUUAAUUAUAAAAAAUUAUUACCAUACAUGAUGUCAUUGGAUUUUAUUUGGACAUCAAUGCCGUACUGUUUACGUUUAGGAUUUGAAUCAUCUGUAACGUUGAAAAAUACGAAUCAAUCAUUACCCGAUUCACCACCUACAACACCAAUACCUACAUUUAAUCUAUCAUCAUUAUGGCGUUGUUCAAUAAAUGCCAUGAUUAAAAAAAUUAAUGAUGUUUGCUUUUCAUUACCUGCUCAACGUUUAAUAUGUUCUGAUCGUAGUGAAACAACGCAAGAUUCCUUGUAUAUGAAAAGUUUAUCAUCUCUAUCUGAAGAAAAUAUUCAUACAAAAACCGUUUUAUUACCAUUAUGUGAAUCUCUUAUUGUAUAUUUUGGAUAUGUAAAUGAACAUAAUGAAUUAUAUCAAUUAUCAGUAGCAGAUGGACGAGAUAUACUAAGAUUUAUUAUAUUUAUCUCUGAAACAAUUUACAUUAAUCUAUUAGAUAAUAAACUUCAUUUGGAUAUGAUAGAAAUAUUUUUUCAAUGUAUAAUUGUAACAUUAACAAAUUCAUCAUCAAUAAUUAGUACACUGUUAAGUGCCACAGAUCAAAUUGUCUCUUGUUGUACAUUAUUAAAAUCUAUAUUAACCAUAUUUCAAUAUAUAAAGCGACAUAUUCGAUUAGCAAUCAUUACUAAACGAUCAUCAGAUCAAUCACACGCAUGUUCACCAGAAUUAAUUGAACAUGAUCAACGUCCACAAAUACAAUUAUUAUUACAAGCUUUUUAUGAUAUUGAUCAACUCUAUGAUUUAUAUCGACAAUUAUCUUUACCUUUAUCUUCAUCCACAUUUUUAGUACCAAAAUUUAUUCGUAAAUAUUCAAAAUCUAUAUGUAUCAUUCUUUUUCGUCUACCCGUAUUUAAUUCAUUUUUUCGUAUACCCACCGUUUAUUGGCAACAUUUAGCAUCAGGAGAAAGUGAUAAUGGACGUUUACAAUUUUCAACUGAUUUUUGUUUAACAACUUUUCCUGUUCAAUUAUUACAACAUUCAGAUAUAAUGACAGAUUAUAUUGAACGAUUAAAUUUAGUUGGAUGGAUAAAUCGUACACAAUUUCAGGAAACAUGGGUAACAUUUUUAGCAUCUGUUAAUCAAACAAAUAAUAUUACUCAACAAGUAUUAUCAAAUAAUGAACAAAUCGGAUUUAAUAAAGAUGAAAAAUUAGAAGAAAAUGCUACACAUUGUAUUUGGGUACGGGGUGUAACAACAUUCUUAUUGAAUGCAAUAAGAAAAAAUAGUAGUGGAAAUCCUUCAGAACAUCAAUUUGAGCAUCAUUCUCGAAAUAAACAAAUUCCAUUUUUAUCAACAACAAAUGGUGAAUUUUAUCUUCAAAGUCGCAUGAUAUUAAAUCGAUGUGCAACCGAUGAUGUAAAAUAUAACAAUGAAUAUUCAUCUUGCAAAUCUAUUGAACAAUGGUUAUCCUCAAGUCCUCUAUUUGUAAAUGUUGAACGUAUUGGAUCGCAUGAUCAUCUAUCCUAUGAACAAUUUUCAUUAGAUUCAAUAACAAAAUUACUUAUUUCUCCAACGUCACCAUCUACAUCAUCGGAUAGUAUUGAUCGAUUAUUCUCACGUAAUGGUUUAGAUUUAAAUUCAUCUCUACAAAUACUAUUAGAAAUCUAUAUGCGUUGGAUGAGAACUGAUAAUGUAUCAUUAUUAUCAUCGGAUACAUGUUUACAAUUACGUUUUGAAAUAAUACGUUCAUUCGUGCAACUAUCCGAUUUAUUUACAUCUGUUCAACAAUUAUCAAAUUUAUUUGAUUUAUGUGAUGAAUUAAUUAAACCAAAUAUUUGGGUUGAUGAAGAUGAAUUAGUGAUGAUGUAUGUUUGUUAUGGUUUAUGUAAAUCGGGUGCACUACUUGGUCAAACAUUAAAAGAUACCAAUGAACUCUAUAUACGUUUGAUUGAACGGUGUUUCAAAUCGUUUUACACGAGAUCAACUGCUUAUGCAUCCGCUCUCAUUUUAUUACAAACACAUGAAGAUGAUUUAUAUAAAUAUUUAUUACCUAUGAUAACCACCGAAUUAACUAAUGAUGUGACAAAUAAUUUACAAACAAAUAUCGAUAUAAGAAUAAGUGGACAAUGUUUAGCAUUUGUUUUUUAUUGUAUUGAAAAUACCUAUAAUGAUCAUGGUUUGGGUUUAAAUCUUCUCAACAUAAUUCUUCAACAACAUUUUGAAGAUUUAAUGCGUGAAGAUGGUGAUUAUUUACUGUUAAAUAUGGUAGCCAUUGGUAUUGAACGUCUUCUAUUACUUAACAUUGUUCCAAGAAAAGAUUUAUGGCCUUUAUUUAAACAAUGUUUAAAAGCUGUACGUAACAUCAGCAUCGAAACAGCAAUGCCUCAAUUAAUUUUGUUAUUGGCAUGUAUUUAUAUAACAUUGACAUCAACAAAUGAAAAUGAUAUGAUGUUAUUAAAUAGUAGUACAACAAUUGAGCAACCAUCGUUAACUUCAUCAUCUCUGUUAUCUGCAUCGAUUGACGAUCAAGAAAUGGAAGACACAUCAUCAAACGAUAUUGUUAUUGAAUUGGUGAGUGAUAUAUAUGAGCGAACAAAAUAUACAUUUCCACACGAGGCAUCUAGACUGUUAAGUACAUUACCCAGUCUUCUAUGUCAUAUAUCGUUAUCAGAUAAAUUAAUGAACAAAAUCAUAGCAGAAUAUGCAGCAACACAACAACUUUAUCCACAAAUAUUGGCUUAUGUUAUAUUUACCGUAUUUCGAUCAUUAAUAAAUGCAAAUUAUUUAUCAAAAGUAAAUGAAUGGACAUUAUUAUCGAUAUCAAGUGUUUCACAACGACGACCCAUACGUCUGGCAUUAUGGGCUUUAACGUGUUUAAUGUUAAGCGCUUGUGAAGAAAAAGUAGCCAAUAGUCUCUUUCCCCUAGCUGUAGCACGAUAUGGACGAUCUGAAGAUAUUGAUAAUAAAUUAUUUCUUGCUGCUGGUCGAGAAUAUUAUAUGCAGCUAACAAAUAAUGAACAACAGAAGCAAUUUGAACAAUCAUUCACAGCAGAGUUAUUUACAGAUAUUCACUCACCUUAUACUGAUUUAUUUAACCAACUCAAAUCAAUAAACUUAAAUAUUCAACAGCAACAACUUUAA